AUGAAAUACCAAGCAGAUAGAGCACCCGAGUCAGCCAAUAAAGCAGACAACAGAGAAAAGACACCCACUCUUUCUCAAUCAGCACGAUCAGGUCUCCAGUUCCCAGUUGGCAGAAUUCAUCGUUAUUUGAAAGAAAGAAGUCGAAACCACACUCGUGUGGGCUCAAAGGCAGCAGUCUACACAGCAGCAAUUCUUGAAUACCUAACAGCCGAAGUGCUCGAAUUGGCAGGAAAUGCAACAAAGGACCUCAAGGUUAAGCGUAUUACACCUAGACAUCUUCAGCUUGCUAUUAGAGGAGAUGAAGAACUCGACACUCUUAUCAAAGCAACUAUCUCAGGUGGUGGUGUACUUCCGCAUAUUCACAAAUCACUUAUUGGAAACACCAAGACUGGAAAAAAGAUUUAG